AUGUCAGUUCCAGGGGCUCGUGUUCCGGACCUCGAAUCGGAUCGGACACCUUCAGCCUCAAUACCAGAGUCAAAGAAAGCAAGAAAGCGUCGUCUUCGACACGAGCUGUACCUUGCGAGGCGAGCGGAGCGCCGAACAGCAGCGAAGCAGCGGAGGCGUCAGCGGCGUCAACUGGAGACCUCACAGACGCUCGCGGGACUCGACACAACAGGCGAACGACAAUCUGGUGAAACUCAUGUAACAGAUGCCUCAACAAGAGGUCUCGAACGCCUGAUACGAGACUAUCUCCAAUGCACACAUUCUCAGCAAAUAUCUCGACGCUUUCACUGCAUCGUUGAUCUGGGAGCGAGCGCAUUGCUCACCUCCAAAGAACUGCGCAAGAGCAUCAUCCAACUUCGUCAAAUGUACGUUGUGAACAGACGACUCGUACGUGAAGCCCUGUUGCGGAAACAGGAACACAUAUGUACCUUCCAAGUGACGAUUUGCGGACUAGAUACGCGAGCGCUUGAUAUCCGGAGCCAGGUCUUCGGUGAAGAGGCACUGCGUUGGCCCAGCAUCACCUGGACCAGCAGCGACUUGGCCUCGUAUCUCGCUGAAACCGCUGGUGCUAUCGACGCAGUGGUUCUUACAGCCGAUGCAACGCAGACGCUCAUGCAGGUAGAACCGAAUACGCUCUACAUCCUGGGCGGCAUCGUAGAUCGCAACCGCCUGAAAGGACUGAUGCUCGAGCGAGCGCAGACACUGGGAUUGCCAGCUCGCCGUCUCCCGCUGGAGCUGUUACCUUCGUGGCGAGGCUCUCCGGUGCUCACUACUUGCCAUGCGUUCGAGGCACUCGCUCGAGUGGCUGCAGGUCAGUCGUGGUCCCAGGCGCUGAACGAGGUGCUUCCCCAACGCAAACGUUCGCCAGCUGCGUCUCGGGCAGAGGUCGCGUGCUUGAAUGCGACAGGUUCACAGGUCAAUUGUGAACGAAGCACGUCACCAGAUUCUUUGCCCGAUGGCAAUGACUCGGUGCAAAGUACGCGAACGCGGGAACAGGCGGUGGUAUCCGGAGGCACCUCGUGGACCCUGGACCCGUCGGAUACCUCGGCAGCAUGA